UAAAUGCUUCUUUGUUGAGCUUGAAACAUUUAAAUUACCUUGACUUGAGCUUGAAUUGGUUUGAUAGCAAUCAAAUUCCUAAGUUCAUUGGGGAGCUUAAAAGUUUGCAAUAUCUCAAUCUCUCCUAUGCGUCAUUUAGAGGAGAGAUUCCCUCUUCUAUUGGUAACCUGUCAAGCCUAAAUUUUCUUGAUCUCAGGUGGAGCCAGAAUGUGUUUGACUUAUCUUCCAAAAAUUUGAAUUGGCUUUCUCACCUCACUUCCCUGAAAUACAUUAAUCUCAAUGGCGUUGAUCUUAGCAGCACAGGAGUCAGUUGGGCAUAUGAUAUUAACAUGCUUCCUUCAUUGUUAGAGUUACAUUUAUCUUUGUGCUCAAUUGAAAGCAUUCCACUUUCACUACAAAGGAUUAACUUCACAUCACUGUUGGUCCUUCAUAUGUCGUAUAAUGGCAUUAAAAGUUCUUCAUUUCCCGGCUGGUUUUUUAAUCUUACUAACCUUGUAACACUCGAUCUAUCCGGGAAUGAUUUCGGGGAUUCUUUUCCAAGUGAAUUUUCAAACUUCAAAUCUCUGGAAAAUCUUUAUUCAUCUGAAAUAGGCUUAAAAGGUCUAAUUCCUAAAGUCAGUGGAAAUUUGUGCAAGCUAAAAGUCUUAAGACUUUCAGAGAACAACUUUGAUGGGGGGAUUGAAGAGUUUUGGAGGAGUCUCUCAAAUUGUCCAAGUAAUACAUUAGAGUCACUAGAUUUGUCUAAUUGCCAGAUUGAAAGCCAAUUGCCGGUCUUUUUAGGAAUGUUUAAAAGUUUGCAGAUUCUCAACCUUGGAGAAAACAAUUUGUGGGGCUCAAUUCCAGAUUCCAUCGGAAACUUGUCAUCCUUGAGAACAUUAGCCCUCAAUUCUAAUAAUUUGUCGGGCUCAAUUCCAGAUUCCAUCGGAAACUUGUCGUCCUUGAGAACACUAGACCUCAGUUAUAAUAAGAUGAACGGCUCAAUUUCAGAAAGUAUUGGACAGCUCUAUGAGCUAGUUUCCCUACUUCUGCUUGGUAACUCAUGGGAAGGCAUUCUAACGGAAGCCCAUUUCAUAAAUCUUACCAGAUUACAAGAUUUUCAAGUUGGAAAUAUAAACCGACCCAUGUCCCUCAUUCUCGACGGGGCUUAUGACAGGGUUCCUCAUUUCAAGCUCUUCAUAAUUUAUAUCAUAAAUUGUCGGAUAAGUCCUGGUUUUUGGGUAUGGCUUCAAACUCAAACUGAACUGUCUGAUGUUGCCCUUCUGGGUAAUGGAAUCUCGGAUUCCAUACCAGAGGAAUGGUUGUUGAAGAUAUCUUCCCAACCUGGCUAUCUAGACUUGUCUUACAACCACUUUCAUGGAAACUUUCCUUCCCAUUUGAAAUUUCCAAAUUUAAUGUUUAUUGAUUUGAGUCAUAAUCAGUUGGAGGGCCCUCUACCACUUUGGUGUUUCCCUAAUGUCCAUUCCCUUUAUCUAGAAGGCAAUUUAUUUUUUGGGCCAAUCCCCUCAAAUAUUGACCAAAUGAUGCCCAAAUUGCAAGAAUUGUUACUUGAUGGGAAUCAUUUGAAUGGCACUAUUCCUCCCUCUAUUUGUAACAUGCAGAAGUUAAAAAUCCUGUCUCUAAGGAGCAAUCAGUUUUCUGGAGAACUCCCUCAUGCAUGGAAUAUGGAGAGCAUUAUGGUGUUUUUAGAUGUUGGUCAAAACAAUCUGUCUGGUAAGAUUCCUACUUCAUUGGGGGUACUACGUUCCCUGGAAAUUUUAAAGCUCAACGACAACAAUUUUGGCGGUGAAAUUCCUGAUGCCUUGCAAAAUUGUUCAAGUUUGAGGAGUAUUGAUCUUGGAGACAACAAGUUAUCUGGGAAAAUACCUCUAUGGAUAGGAGGGUCAAACAUAUCUAAGUUGUCUAGGCUACGAUUACGGUCCAACUAUUUUAGUGGAUGUAUUUCCCAGCAACUGUGCAAUCUUCAGGGCCUUCACAUCCUCGACCUUAGUCACAACAGCCUUUCAGGUACUAUUCCCAUGUGUUUGGAUAACUUAACUUCGCUAGUCAAUGAUGAUUCUUAUGAACACAAUUAUGAUGUGUUGGAGCAAGCCACACUAACACUAAAAGGAGAAGAACUUGUGUACAACACAACUCUAUAUCUUGUAAAGAGCAUUGAUCUUUCAUCAAAUAAUUUAAAAGGUGAAAUCCCUAAAGAAAUAAGCAGCCUCAUUAUGUUGGGCACCUUGAAUUUGUCCAUGAAUCAAUUAAUUGGAAAGAUCCCUUCCAAGGUCGGAAAUUUGCGUUGGCUUGAAACUCUUGAUCUCUCACACAACCACCUUUCGGGACAGAUUCCCCAAAGCUUGUCAUCUUUAACCUCUUUGUCCCACCUGGACUUGUCAUACAACAACUUGUCUGGAAGAAUUCCUACUGGAAACCAGCUUCAAACGCUCAAUUUUUCGUCCAUUUAUGUGGGCAAUCAAUGGUUAUGUGGCGUUCCUCUCUCAACUAAGUGCCUUGAAGAUGACCCUUUUAUUGCUAAGGAUGCAAAGGAGGAGAAUGAAGAUGGAAAGGAUAAGUUGUGGCUCUAUGUUAGCGUGGUACUUGGCUUUAUCGUAGGCUUUUGGGGUGUUUGCGGCACAUUGACCUUAAAGACAUCGUGGAGGUAUGCCUAUUUUCAAUUCUUCGAAGACAUCAAAAAUAAGGUAGCACUAGCAAUUGCAUUAAAAGUGGUUCGUUUCAAAAUGUUUUUAUUCUGAAGUUUGAUUGCCCUAAUAUAUAAUGUGAUGUUUUUCCCCUUCUACUUUGUGUUUUGGUACUUGCGACAUAUGUAUUAAAUAAAAGAAUCCUUCAGUAAGUGUUCCCACAAACAAUUAUGUAACGGUUAUCCAUUUAAUACAAGAAUUCUAUCUAGUUUGUACUUAUGAAUCGCAUAAUACAAUCUACCGACGUAAUGUUGCAAUUUAACAAAGUAACAUUAGGAAGUAGAUAAGCACACGUGUGUAUUCUUCUCUUUUACACUUGAAUGUCGUCCAACUCGGCGAGUGGUAGUCCACCUCUACCGCCUUCUCGAUGCUGCCAAAACCAUACAAAAAUGGGAGGAAGAAUUGGUGGUUCGAUAUCGUCGAGGGUUUUCUGGGAUUCCUGUUCCUUGCAGAGAGAGAGGUGGGAGAAUUCGAUGGCGUCUUCUGGGUUCCUGUCCCUUGCCGAGAGAGAGAUGGGAGAGGUAUUUUGGCGUCUGUUGCAGAGAGAGAUUAGGGGGUUUGCACAGAGGGUGGGUGGGCGAUUCAAUUGAGGGGCUAGGGCUAGAGGGAUGGGGGCUCCAUCUCUAUUCUCGCUUGCUGAAACUUUCCGCUCUUCAGGAGUUUGAAGGGCUCUCAUGUCCAAUGAGGAAGGAUAUUUCACAAGUUCGUAAGAAAGAUCGAUGAGAUUAAGAAAGAGUUAUAGCCACUAGGACAUACCUGCCAGAAGAAGGAAAAGGAAUACAGAGAUGCAGGCUUUCAAUGAAAAGAACAGAGAAAAAGUGCAGCUUAUCACAAAGCUAAUGGAGCUGGUGAGUGAAAGUGAGAAGACAAAGAUGAAGAAGCUUGAGGAGCUGAGCAACAACAUAGAAUCAUUAAAGUGAAGAAAUAGCUGCCUAUGUGGGUAACUGAUGAUCUGAUUAGGUUUGUGUGAUGAUUUAUUUAAGGUGAGUUUUUUUUAUGUUUACAUAUAUGGGUGGUGAUUGGCAUUUGGUGUAAUUUCUAAGUUGGUUUGUUUCAUUAAUUAGUGCUUGGUAAAAACAUUUGGCUGAUUUAGGCAGGAAAAUAACCUUUAAAUUUAAACAGGUUUGUAGCUAAAAGCAUCUGGCCUUGCAUUUUUCUUCUCAUUUUUCCAUGUAUCCAAACACAUACUACCCUACUUCCUAGUGUAACGUGGGGUUCUUUGAAUUUAUUCCUAUUCUUUGUUCUAACUUUUUAUGGAUUGCAAAGGCCAUGAUAUUUAUGUAAUAAUGUAAAGUUUUAUGAGUGAUUUUGGGACAAAUGGAGUGUAUUUUGUUCAAUUUUUCUUCAGUACUCGGCUCUAUAGGGAAUGAUUGCAUUUUCUACUCCUACCCCCACAACACCAUGAUCUUCUUCUCUCUUUUCAUGGAUUCUUGUGACUGUAACCUCCAUUUGCUGAGAUCUCUCCCGGUCUUCAAGAACACCAUCAACCACGGUCCACUGUGAGAGUAUCAAAAAAACCCACCAUCCCCAUUUUCCAAGUUUUCCCUUUACUCUCUCCAAAUAUUGAAUCUUUCCGCUCUUCUGCUUGUUGGGGUUUUUUUGUUUUUUCAUUUUUUUUGGGGAAAAAAGGUAAAGAAAAGGGUUUUUUUUCUUUUUGUGUUGGGGGGUGGGGAGUUGAUCAAGAGCUUGCAUGGGUACGGAUUGGAUCAGGGGAAGAGAAGCUAGAGAGGGAGUUUGUGUUCAGGGAAAUGGGUUGUAUGUGGAGCUGACAGCUGAGCUGCUUCUGAGAUUGAUGAAAUUUCCAGCUUCCAAAGUGCUCCAAGGGCAUGUCAAUGGUUGCUGGGUUUGCAUUUUAGCAUUUCAUAAGAAUUCACCUUCUGAUUUGACAUGCAUUCCCUCUAUCCUUUCAGUCUCCACGUACCCUUUUCAGUCUGAUGAAUUUAUUCUUAUGUUGUCUUGCUGCUUUUGAUGUUUUUCACGGUAUUUUUCUUUUGGUUGGGGGUUGUCGUUAUUUGUGUUUGUGUUUAUGUUUGAGAUGUACUAAUUGCAGUAUUACCCGAUUACGGAUGUCUACAUUUUUUUGGACCUUUUACGCUUUUAAAUUUCGCUCAUUCCCUGACAAUACCUGACUUAGCCACUGACAGAAGACAAACACGUAUUUUGUUGGGGCUUCACUUGUUUGGUCUUUUCAAAGAAAGAAGAAAGGAUUUUGCGAUGUAUUGGAAUAGAGAUACAUGAUAUACUGAUUCUCACAUAUUAUAGUGCGUGGAUUGAUUAUUAAUGUUAUAUUCUAAAGUAUAGAUUGGAUCUUCUACUCAUAAUAUAACAUGUGGAUGUGUUCUAGUAUGUUUCAAUAAUUUUUCUUGAUGAAGAGCCUUUGGUUUGCUUUCUA